AUCCUGUUGUCCGGCGAGUAGAUCUACGUGGAGUUGGACGUGCGCUACAAUCCAGUUGAGGGCGCCGCAGGAGGAUGGGAGGGACAGGACUUCAUCAGAGUGGAGGACAAAGAUGACUCAUCGCUGGGCUUCCAGAAUGAAGCCUUUGAAAAUGAUGAGAGCCCACCGAUGUUGAGUCGUCUGGAGAGGGAGCUGGAGAGGGAGGCCCGACAACUGGGGCGCGACCUCAUCCGCGGUCAGGGCGACCACGACGACUAUGACGACUACGACGACGACGACGAAGACGACCUGCUGGACAUGGAGAUGUCUGAUAUCGUCUUCACUCCUUUGAUGAGUCGUUCCAGGCCGCUGUCUCGGCAUGUUGCUGCAGCCACGCCCAGGGUUCAAAGUUUCCAGGUCAACGUCAACAUCUUGGAAGCGCAGAAACUGGCGGGCGUCAACAUCAACCCAGCCGUGUUCAUCCGAGUGGGGGAUCAGAAGAAACACACGGCCACGCAAAAGUCCACCAACUGUCCCUUUUACAAUGAAAACUUCCAGUUUGAGUUCCAUGAAACUCCAGAGGUUCUCUUUGACAAGGUUAUCGAGAUCAAGGUGUACCACCGCCGAACCCUGCCCUUCCUCACGAGCCACGUGGGAACCUUCAAGAUCGACAUUGCCACCGUGUUCCAUGAGCCAGACCACCGCUUCUACGAGAAGUGGGCCCCGCUCACUGACCCGGCUGACACCCGAUCGGGGGCCAAAGGCUACGUGAAGGCCACCCUCAGCGUGCUGAUGAAAGGCGAGGCUCUGAACGCCGGCCUGCCGCCCGCCACGUCCGGCGCCAACGACGACAUCGACAAGUCAGUUCGUCCGCAUUUUUCAACCCCCGAAGCGAGUUUCACGAAGCAACCGGACAUCCGCGAUCAUGACCCGUCAAAAAGUCUCAAGAAGGCACAGCAAGUCAGAAGACAUUUUGGUUCGAAGCGGACAUUUUCGGUUCAAUUUAGCAAUUUCUACGGUUCCUUCAAAAUCUUAAAAUAUUUGGAAAAUUCUGCCCCCCAAGGCAGUUUUAAAUGAAAUUGGGUAGCCAUGUCUCUCAUGAGUACACCCGC